AUGUGCAAUGCUUUCGGUUUUUGGCCCUGUGGCAGACCUUCAACACCUGAUUUGGAGGAUUGCUCCUCCGCUUCUGAGGAUCGGCGCACAGCUGUGUCGCCCUUUCGAUCUCUGCCUGAAUUGCAUCCGCAUGAGGUGGAACUUCGAGUCGCUGUCAAGGAUCUUUCCAGAGACGUGGCUCCUGAAAAGUUCAGAUCAAAAGCCAAAAGCGUGGGAGGUUUUGUCUUCGGGCUGUUGGUCUUUCCACAAGGGACCAAAAGCGCUCCGGAGCAUGCCAGAAAGAAUCGGCCAGGA